AUGGCUUUUAAGGGUACUGAUAAACGUACUCAACAGUCUUUGGAAUUGGAGGUGGAAAAUAAGGGAGCUCACCUCAAUGCGUACACUUCUCGUGAAAUGACCGUUUACUAUGCGAAGUGUUUCUCGAAGGAUAUACCAUGGGGUAAGGAAAUCGAAAGUAACUAUCAAGAAGUCAUUUUCGACUAUCUUCACGCCACGGCAUAUCAAGGAACACCAUUGGGUCGCACUAUUCUUGGACCUGUGGAGAAUGUAAAAUCUCUAAAGGCGUCAGAUAUGCGAGAAUUCGUUAAGGCGAAUUAUAAAGCCCCUCGAAUGGUACUUUGUGCCGCAGGAGGCAUUGACCACGCCCAGUUGACGGAGUUAGCAGAGGCUCACUUCGGCAAUUUCCCAGCGUCGUACGCUGAGGGAGAAGGAACCCCCAGUUUACUCCCAUGUCGAUUCACUGGGUCGGAAAUUCGCGAUCGUGAUGACGCUCUCCCUCUCGCCCACGCUGCGGUGGCUUUCGAAGGUCCCGGAUGGAGCAAUCCGGAUACACUUGCUCUUAUGGUUGCUAGCAGUGUCCAUGGAGCUUGGGAUAAAAGUUACGGUGGCGGUGAAAAUGUAGCCAGUAAAUUAGCUGCGAAGUUUUUCGGAGAAGACUCAGUUCACAGUUUCCAGCACUUCUUUACAUGUUAUCACGAUACUUCUCUCUGGGGUGUUUAUCUAACUGCAGAGAAGCUUGGUUUGGGGGGUGCUGUUGGAGAUUUUAUGAAAGAGUUUGUGCGAAUGUGCACACAAAUCACACCUCACGAAAUGGAGCGUGCUAAAAACCAGUUGAAGACUCACUUGCUUCUUCAGUUAGAUGGAACGACCCCAAUUUGCGAAGAAAUCGGCCGUCACAUGCUGGUCUAUGGUCGCCGAAUACCGCUUGCCGAGCUGCUGGAGCGCAUCGAUCUGCUAACGGUUGAAGACAUCCGCCAAGUGUGCAUGAACUACGUCUACGACCGUUGUCCAGCUGUUGCCUCUCUUGGCCCAAUCGAGACCAUGCCCGACUACAAUCGUAUUCGGGAUCAAACCUGGUGGCUACGUUUGUAA